UAUUUGUGCGUGCCGAGAUCUGUCGAGACGCAAAGACCACGUUCAAUGCCGUUGGAACAUGUCCUAUGUUCCCUUUCAAGAUGCGAGGUGUGCCGUCCCCCCCUCCUACCGCUCCCACGCCCAGUCCUUCAACCACGCUCCCUCCUACGAUCGUCCUGGCUGGAACCCCCGUCUCUGUGUGAUUUCCGGAAAUCAGCUCUACAUGUUGGACCAGGAGGAGGUUCACCCUUUGUUGAUGCGCGAAAGGCGUUCUGAGACGCACAGGAACAAGCUGCUGCGGAGGACAGUCAGCGUUCCUGUUGAAGGGAGGCAUCAUCCUGAGAUGGAUAACGCUCGCGCCCGGCGGAAGAGCAUAGCCACUGGGAAGCAGCCAAGCAUGGAGAUCCCUCCCACUGCCCCCCCUCAACCCUUUCGACAAUCCAGUUUCCUCAGUAGAAGGCUGAAGGGCUCUAUAAAGAGGGCAAAGAGUCAGCCCAAACUGGACCGGACCAGCAGCUUCCGCCACAUGAUCCUCCCCCGCUUCCGCAGUGCCGACCAGGACAGGACGCGUCUGAUGCAGAGUUUCAAAGAGUCCCACUCCCAUGAGUCCUUGCUGUCCCCCAGCAGUGCCGCUGAGGCACUGGACCUCACCUUGGAUGAGGACGCCAUCAUCAAACCUGUCCACUCAAGCAUCCUGGGACAGGAGUACUGCUUUGAGGUGACUACGGCUUCGGGAACCAAGUGCUUUGCUUGUCGUUCCGCUGCAGAGAGAGACAAAUGGAUCGAGAAUCUUCAGAGAGCCGUAAAACCCAACAAGGACAACAGUCGGAGGGUGGACAAUGUCCUGAAGCUUUGGAUUAUCGAGGCACGGGAGCUCCCAGCCAAGAAACGCUACUACUGCGAGCUCUGCCUGGAUGACAUGCUGUACGCACGCACCACCAGCAAGCCCCGAACUGACACAGUCUUCUGGGGUGAACACUUUGAGUUCAACAACCUGCCUGCUGUCCGGAACCUCCGUCUUCACCUAUACAAGGAGACUGACAAGAAAAGACGCAAGGAAAAGAGCACUUACCUGGGACUGGUCAGCAUACCCAUCUCAAGCAUCACCGGCCGACAGUUUGUUGAACAGUGGUACCCCGUCAUCCAGCCUAGUGUCCUUACCAAGGGUGGGGGUGUAGGAGGGGGCAAGAUCAUCAACGCUUCGAUACGCCUCAAAUCACGGUACCAGACCAUGAGCAUCCUGCCCAUGGAGCUGUAUAAGGAGUUUGCAGAGUACGUCACAAAUAACUACCGCACCCUGUGUGCUGUGCUCGAACCGCUACUGAGCGUCAAGAGCAAGGAGGAGGUGGCCUGUGCCCUCGUGCACAUACUGCAGAGCACGGGGAAAGCAAAGGAUUUUCUGUCCGACAUGGCAAUGUGUGAGGUAGACAGGUUCAUCGACCGAGAACACCUUAUCUUCAGAGAGAACACUCUGGCCACCAAAGCCAUAGAAGAGUACCUCAAACUGAUUGGACAUAAGUACCUCAAGGAUGCAAUAGGUGAGUUCAUAAGGGCACUGUACGAGUCGGAGGAGAACUGCGAGGUGGACCCAAUGAGGACUCCACCGUCUGUCCUCCCAGACCAUCAAGCAAAUCUCCGCAUGUGCUGUGAACUGGCCCUCUGCAAGAUUGUCAACUCCCAUUGUGUGUUUCCACGAGAGCUGAAGGAGGUCUUCGCGUCCUGGAGAGUGCGCUGUGCAGAGAGGGGGCGGGAGGACAUUGCCGACCGUCUCAUCAGCGGCUCCCUCUUCCUGCGCUUUCUGUGUCCAGCUGUCAUGUCCCCCUCGCUGUUUAACCUCACCCAGGAGUACCCUGAUGAACAGACAUCGCGCACACUCACCCUCAUUGCCAAGGUGGUGCAGAACCUGGCCAACUUCUCCAAGUUUGGCAUUAAAGAGGAGUACAUGUGCUUCAUGAAUGAGUUCCUCGAAAUUGAGUGGGGCUCCAUGCAACAGUUCCUGUAUGAGAUCUCCAACCUGGACAGCGUGAGCAACGCGGGGGGCUUCGAGGGCUACAUCGACCUGGGCAGGGAGCUGUCCAUACUGCACAGCCUGCUGUGGGAGGUCAUGGCCCAGCUCAGCAAGGAUGCCAUUAUAAAGCUGGGGCCCCUGCCUCGUCUCCUGAAUGACAUCAGCAUGGCCUUGCGCAACCCCCACCUGCAGAGACAGCCCAGCCACCAGACAGACAGGAUCCAGGAGAGACAAACGGACCGGCUACUCUCUCGGCCCAGCUUCAACAGGGGAGUCUCCUCCGAGUUCCAGAACAUUAUGAUGAGGGACCUGAACAGCUCCAUUGACAUCACUCGCUUGCCUUCCCCUACCUCUGGAGUGUCCGGUGGGGGUAACAUGCCGACCCGUGCUCAGAUGAGUUUCCAGGAGCGCGACCAUCUACAACGAGCCAACUCCAAAGACGUUUUUUAUGUGACCCGCCCUCCCCUGGCCCGUUCCAGCCCUGCCUACUGCACAAGCAGCUCCGACAUCACAGAACCGGACCCUAAGGUGCUCAGUGUCAAUAAAAGCGUGUCUAUGAUGGACCUCCAGGACUCCAGAAUGAACAGCGUGUCUAACCUGCAGUCGGUGGAAAUGCUCAACUCCUCCCAGGCCUCUCUUGCUGGCAUGGGCAGUUUCGGGGGCCUUAGCAGCGGUGGUGGGGGAGGAGGCCUCGGCUCCGGCCUGAGCAGCCAGCUGCGGGCCGGCGGCCGUCUGUCAGCCGGCUCAGGGGGCUCCAGCAUGUCGGGCGGCCUUCGGCUGAGCCAGCUGAGCCAGAUGGGCGCAACCACCGACUCGCUGUCCCAGCAGCAGCAGCAGCAGGCAGCCGCCAUGCGCUACCCGCUUUCCUUCCAGAACCCCCUCUUCCACCUGGCCACGGCUGACGGGCCGCAGCAGCUCCACCACCAGCACAGCCGAGCCCAGCCUCCUCCGCCCCUCCUCCUGGCCCCAGAGCCAGAGCCCUCGCACCCAGCCUAUAUCCCCCAGUUUGCCCAUGGCGGGUUCUCCCGCAGUGAGGACCUGUCCACCCUCAGGCAAGCUCCGGGCCACCUAGGACAGCCCAGCAUCAUUCAUUCGCACAGCUACAGUGAUGAGUACAGCAGGGCUGACUAUGGGAGGCGGCAGCUGUCCAUGCAUGUGCAGGAUAAUCUCCAGCAACAGCAUCAGAUGAUGGCAUCACAGACAGGCACAUCCCACUCCUCUCUGGCCACUCCCCCCUCCACAGUUCAACCUGUGCGCCAGAGUUCCGUGGCCCCGCCUCCUGCUCAGCGUGUCAAAUCCCAGACCUCACAUCAGUUGUCCGUCAGUGCGGCUGCUGCACCUGCCCCUCCUGCAAAAACGCGGCCACCUAGUGGCAACCUGCUCCAAUCACCAGAGUCAGGCUAUGGGGGUCGGCAACCAGCGCCACGGCAGCAACUGUCCGUCAAAGAUAACACAGCCCCUGGACUGCCGCACCAGCAGAGCUCUGUCAGGGAGAGCCAAAGUCCACAGGGGGGCGCCAAUCAGUCUACACAGCAAUCACCACAACAGCAGCAGCAACAACCACAACAACAUCUGCUUAAACCAUCCAUUAGCAAACAGGGUUCCCAGUCACCCUCGACCCUUAACCCCCCAACGCCAGCCAAUGAGAGAACAGUGGCCUGGGUCUCCAACAUGCCGCACCUUUCAGCAGACAUUGAGAGUUCACGGAUUGACCGUGAGGACUUCAAGCUGAAAGAGUACUCCAAGAGCAUGGAUGAGUCACGCAUGGACAGGGUGAAGGAGUAUGAGGAGGAAAUCCAUUCCCUGAAGGAACGUCUGGUGAUGUCACAUAAGAAGCUGGAGGAAUAUGAGAGGAGACUGGUCUCCCAAGAGCAACAGACCAGUAAGAUCCUCAUGCAGUACCAGAACCGGCUGGAUGAUAGUGAGAGGAGGCUACGGCAGCAGCAAGUGGAGAAAGACUCCCAAAUUAAAGGAAUAAUUAACAGGCUCAUGGCUGUGGAGGAUGAAAUCAGGGGAGGACCCGUCAUUGAGCCAAAAACUAGGAUAUUUGCAGAUCAGGAAGAGCAGCUUUCCUCCCUGGGUACACCAGACCCCGGUGUGAAAACUGAAGGUGGAGGGGGAGGAGGAGAAGGAAUGACCACCGUUCCUGGCCCCAGAAUCUCCUCCUUGGACAUCUUCUCUCACAGCUUGCCCCGCAAUGGAGUCCACCCCCAAAGCAUAAACCCUCCCUCUCUCCCCACUCCACAUCUGCAACCUAAUCAGAAUGGAGAGCUCCGUGGCAACCAAACAUCCAACCUCUGUGACAACCUUUAGACUGGGACCACAGGAUAAACAACAGCAAGACUGUGCAUAGGAAGAGGCGGAGCAGGUCAAAAACAACACAGAAUCAAAUCAGAGAGAGAAGACACAAUUUAAAAACAGACUUCCAUUUUACUCCAAUUUUAACGAAGGAUGUGAUGACUUGCGCAUUUUUCCCAAUUUAUUUGAUUUUGCUCAAGCCAGAGAGAGAAGAAAUUUGUGGGAAGAAGUGGUUAUUGUACACACAUUGUACAAUGCAUUCAGUGUUAACACACCAGACUAAAGGGCUUUCAAAUCAACCUGAUCUAGUUUCCAAAAUGCAGAGACAGUAGGCUAUCUGUCUUGCAGGACAAGAUUAUGAUAUCCUUUAGAUAUCCUUGGCAGGAUUCUCACAAACUGUACACUGUUAAAAUGAAGCAAACAUGUACAUACAGGUAGAUUCACCUAACCAAGCAGGUAAAUGGAAACAUACUGUGUCACCAGUCGGUGGUCAAAAAAAGAAAAGAAUCAAAUGUAACCAAACACUAUGGAAUGUCUCACAUCCCAAAGACUUAGUCAAUAGAAUAGUGCUUUUUUCCAUCUUGUGGUAUUCAGUGAUUCUCAUGGGAACAGUUCCAUUAAUUUCCUGUCCUGAAAACGCCAGCUCUUACAUGUCAUCAGUCAAGAAGUUAUCAUUUAGUCUGGCUUCCUUAGUGCCUUUGAGUGUAUUACAACAGGGUUGUCGAAACAUCAAAUACAUAUAUGGUGAUGGUAUUAAUAUCCACAAAAGAUGCUGUGAGAGAUAAAUACUAGGACAAGCAAGAUACAGUUUAAGUGUUUGGAUUUCAAAGACAAGCCCCAUCCAUGUAAGGUACAUGACACUUUCGCAAGUGUCAACAAUGAACAACCAGACCGGAAUGGGACCGGGCGCAUUUUUUUUCUCUUCUCAAUCUCAGAACCGAUGUGUCAUUAACUGGUGCUAGAGAAAAAAACUAAACGGUACCAUUUCCAACUUGUGUGUGUCUAUCAUAGCACAGCCUCUCAUAUUUGCCACUGUCUAAUUAUCUUUCUCUAUCUGUUUAUUGUCAUUUGUUUUAAUAUAUUAGUAUUUGUCUGUCUGUUUUACCCUUUCUGUCUGUCUGUGUGCUUACAGUUUGUUUAGAGGAGGUGAGAUGGAAAUUGUGCAAGGAUAUUAUGAUAUUCAAAGAAACUCUCUUACAAUCGUAUAUGAUUUUAACAGUUUGACAGUUUAACAGAAUCACAUUUUCCCACUGAAUUUACAGGUAAAUAUGGUCACAACUUUUGUUUCACAAUUGGUUGCAGUCUGACAGGAAAUAUUGUCCUUUCCAAAUGUUACUUUGAGCCUAGUAUAUGUUUUUAUUUUACAGAAUCACAUAACUACUGUUUCAGUUAAUAGUACGGCUGUGGUACAUGAGAGAGUUUGGUCUUGUUAAAUUGGACUGUCACUAAGUAAGUGUCCUAAUUGACCCUUAAUUUAAGUUUUGUCAGUUAAGAAUUACAUUUGCCUACAUGAAGUACAUUUUGAUUGGAAUCUAACCUAAAAGGGAUAGUUACUGUAAAUUAAACCAUGCCAGUUUU